UUCACUUGCACAACCAGCAACAAGUCGUGAGUUCUCUUCCCGGCUAAAACGGGAGCUUCCUUGGAACUUGGAGUACCCAGAGGAUUCUAAUUUCUUUAAAACUUUGUUUUCAGUCGAUUUCUCCAACAACCAUUUACUUCCAGAGGAUCAGUGAAAUUUGAUUUGAAGAAUGGCCGUGACUUCCAAUUCAGAUGCUAAUCAUAGCGAGGACUUUAGAGAGCGGCUUCUGAAAAUUGAUGGAAACCUGGGGGAUCGUGAGGUGGAGCAACUAAAGUUUCUCUGCCAAGACUUGAUCUUCCACAAGAAGCUGGAGAAGUCCAGCUCAGCCCUGGAACUUUUUAAUUAUUUCUCAGUAGAAGAGCUGCUGAGUGAGGAAGACCCCUUCUUUCUAGCAGAACUCCUCUAUAUCAUGAAGCAGAACUCACUGCUGAAGCACCUCAACUACACCAAAAAGGAAGUAGAGAGAUUGCUGCCCACCCGAAAAAAGGUCUCUCUGUUCAGAAACCUGCUGUAUGAACUGUCAGAAAACAUCGACUCAGAGACCUUACAGAGCAUGAUCUUUCUUCUGAGGGAAUCGAUGCCAAAAAUCCAAUUGACCUCUAUAAGUUUUCUGGUAUGUAUGGAGAAACAAGCUCUAAUAGAUGAAAAUAAUCUGACGGUACUGGAGAAUCUCUGCAAAAAAGCUGCACCUCAUCUUAUAAGAAAGAUAGAAAAAUAUAGAAGAGAGAAAGCCGCCCAGGUAGUGACAUCUCCCAUAGAAAAGGGAACUGAAUCAUUGCCUCAAGGAGAGGAAGAAGUAUUUUCCCGUUCAAACGUUCAACAAUUCCUUGAAGCCUUGCCGGAGGCAGCUGUGUACAGGAUGGACCGGAAAUUUAGAGGCCACUGUGUUAUUAUCAACAACCACACCUUUACCUCGACCUCCCUGAAAGUAAGAGAAGGGACCAAUAAAGAUGCAGAGUGCCUGAACAGUGUGUUCAAGUGGCUUGGGUUCAGAGUAACUACAUAUGUUGAUGUGACUAAAGAAUACCUGGAGAAGGUUCUGCAAGAAUAUAAGAGUCGUCAAGACCAUGAUGAUGGAGACUCCUUUGUGUUCUGUGUUCUGACCCAUGGGCGAUUUGGAGCUGUCUACUCUUCUGAUGGGUUCCUCAUUCCCAUUCGGUUCAUCAUGUCUCAUUUCACAGCCCAGCAGUGCCCUGGUCUGGCCAACAAACCCAAACUCUUUUUCAUCCAGGCCUGUCAAGGUGAAGAAAUACAACCUUCCAUAUCCAUUGAUGCAGAUGCAAUAAAUCCUGAGUCGACAAACCCUCCCCUUCAGGACAGCGUUCCUGUUGAGGCAGAUUUCCUUCUUGGCCUGGCCACUGUCCCUGGCUACGUAUCCUUUCGGCACACGACCGAAGGUAGCUGGUAUAUUCAAUCUCUGUAUAACCAUUUGAAGGACUUGGUCCCAAGACAUGAAGAUAUCUUAUCCAUCCUCACUGCUGUCAAUGAUGAUGUGAGUCGACGAGGUGGAACAAAGAAACAGAUGCCUCAACCUGUUUUCACACUACGUAAAAAAGUUGUAUUCCCUGUGCCACAGAAAAAUCUUUUAUUAUAGUAGAGAGUUUUCAUUAAUUCUUAGACUUGAAAGGAGCCUUUGGUCAUCUCUUCCAACUUCCCACCCAGCAUAGGAAUCAGUGACAGAUGAUGAGCUGGCCUCCAUCUGUUAUUCUCGUAAUAAAAAUGCCAUUUUCUGGCAUAGCAAAUUCUAUUUUUUUCCUUUUUGACAAGUCUAAAUGUGAGAAAACUUUCUUUAUUGAUGCCUUGGAUUGUAGUCUUGGCUUUAGUUGUGCACUCUGAGAAAAAAGUAAUUGGCCUUGGGUUGUGUAUCUGUGAAGUAAAAGGUGGGACCAGGUACAUUUUAAGGUUCUUUUUAGCUCUAAGAACCAGUGUUCUUAGAUUUCCCCUCUAUAUGACUACUCCUUGUUAUAAUUCAGUGUGCCCUAUGCAUAGCUCUGUUUUGGACAUUGGCUGAUGAUGAGUUCACAGUUCUCUGACUCUCCCUCUCUCCUCCCCUUCCAAAGGCUUCUCUUCUGCAUAUGAGGAGAAAAUUUGGUCUAUGCCAUGCCAUUUCUUGCUUUCGUGUUGAGGAAGUUGUUCCUGCAGGAACUGUUUCUCUUGGAUUGGGAACAGGGUUGGCUCUAGGAAGAUGAGAGCUCAGUGUGAAGAGAGACAUAUUCAGCUACUCUGGGAGCAGAAACUUUUGCAGCCUGAUGUUAUUUCUAUGUUGGUCAGAACCUUUCAGAUGCUGGCAACAGAACUUUCAACUCAGACUGAAUUUAUUGGCUCUUUCACUUGACAACAUAUGAAUGGGUAGUGCUGGCUUCUGGUGAGGCAUGAAUCAGGACUCGAUCUGCAGCACAGCAUCUGUCUCUGGGCCAGAGGCCCUUGGGGUUGGCAGCUGCACUGUACUGACUGCAGUCAACAGCCUCCACUAACACACUCUGCUACUCUGGCCCAAAAGAUAAGGAGAGAGGCAGCCUGGGGGACUGAAGCUGUUGCUCUCUUCUUAGCCAGAGAUAUGUCUGACUAUGCCUUGUGGAUGGGGUGGCUCUGUGUGAAAGCCUUGAUACUUUUUAAAUCAAGGUUUUGAAUUUUUAUUAUUAUUUUUUUUUAAGCUGAGCCAUCCUGCUACCUGUUGGCAGCUCAGC